AUGGUUGAAGUUAAACGAAAAUUAAGUUCUGAUGAUUUAUCAGAAGAGAAAACAAAGAAAUUUUGCAAUGAAUUUGAUCAAUUCACAACUUGUUUUGAAGAUCUAUCAAAUGAAUUAUUAUGUGAAAUAUUUGAUUAUCUUAAUGGAUAUGAAUUAUAUAAAGUAUUUUCAAAUCUUAAUUCUCGAUUUGAACAACUUUUUCAUUCUUCAUUUUUCUUAUUUAAAACUCAUUUUUAUUUAUUUGAAAAUGAUGAAAUUAUGAACAUAUUUAAACAAUUUAUGUUUUUCAAUCGACAUCAAAUAUUUUCUAUACGUGUAAAUUUUAUAUUCUAUGAUAGUUCUUUUUUUUCGUCGUUUUUAUUUGAUUCAUCAUUUGAUCGACUUGAAUCUAUUUUUUUUAAAAACAUUAAAUCCGAUACCAUUAUCCCUAUUCUAAGCAAUUUAUCUUGUUUACCAAAUUUUUUUUCAUUAACGAUCGAAACAUCCAAUGUUAUAGAAAAAAUCAAUGAUAUCUAUCGAUUGAUAUUUGUCUUACCUAAAUUGAAAUAUUAUCGAAUUUCCUGUAAUAGUCAUCAUCAGUCAAUUACACUUCCACUGGCUAUGAAUAAUCAAUUCAGUCCUAUUGAAUAUCUUGUUAUUGAUCAUUAUUGUUCUUUAAAUGAACUUGCAUCUUUAAUUUCUUAUACACCACAACUUCGUCGUUUAACUCUUCAUAAAAUAAAAAAGAAUGAUUUAAAUAGUACGAUAUUAAUAUCAUCAAUUACAUUAACUAAUCUAAAGUCGAUUUAUAUGAAUUUAUGUCAAACAACAUUUAAUGAAAUGGAAAUAUUUAUUACAAAAAUAUUUUCAAAUUUAAAAACUUUAUCUAUUAUUGGAUCAGAAGAUAUUACUUUUCUUGAUGCUCAUCGAUGGGAACAAUUAAUUUUAAAUUAUUUACCUCAGUUAGAAAAUUUCUUUAUGUUAUAUGAUGAUUAUGUUGAUAAUGAACAAACAUAUCCAAUAUAUACAGGAAGAUCGAACCAAUUUUCUUCAUCAUUUUGGAUUGAACGACAAUGGUUAUUUGAAGUCGAUAUUACGAAUGCAGAGAUCGAAUAUACAAUUCAUCCAUAUAGUAAAGCAUGGUACAAUGAUACAAAAGAUAAUAUUAUUAAUUGUUCUAUUGAACAUUCUAUAUUUACUAAUUUGACACUCAAAUCUAUUGCUGAUUUAAUGUUUGCAGAAGUGGUGUCGAAAGAAAUUGAACGUGUUUUAACAAUAACACAAAUUUAUCAUUUGGAAAUUCUUGAAAAAAACAUUUCAAUUCCUGAAUUGAUUCAAGCUGUCAAUCUAUUACCAGACAUAACUACAUUAAAAGCUCAUUCAUUAUCAACAGACGAAACAAUAACAUUAACUGUUAAAGAACUUCUUAUUUUAUGUUCAAUAAAAGAAACAAGUAAAAUUAUCAAAGUCUAUCUUGAAGAGAUUGGUGGUGUUCAAGAACUUGAUUUUCUUUUUACAUUUUGUCCUUAUAUGAGAUAUUUCAAAGUUAGAUAUAUAAAUACAAUGAAUAUUCAAUCGUUUUUACGUAUUAUUUUCAAAAAAAUUAAUUACAAUAAUAAUCAUUAUCUUCGUUUAUUAAGUUUUGAUGUUCCAACAGCAGAUGAUAAAAUAGUUGAAAAUAUAGAAAAAAUGAUCAAAUAUGAAAAACUACUUACUGAUUUUACAGUUAAACGUAUAAUGGAUACUGUCUAUUUACAAUGGAAAUGA